AUGGGGACCCCAAGAAAGAUGUGGACAUUGGCGGAAGAAUCGGCCCUCCUGGCUGGAGUAGCCAAGCACGGUGCUGGAAAAUGGAAGACCAUCCUCACCGAUGAAGAAUUUGCUCCUCGCCUAGUUAAUCGAUCCAAUGUUGAUCUCAAGGAUAAAUGGCGUAACCUUAGCUAUCAUGUGUCGAGCAGUGCUUGGCCAGCUCCCCAAAGCUCAUCAGAUAAUAACUAUAAGGAAAGUGAACCUUGGUACCAUGAUAUGAUUCUUCAAGCACUUUCAUCUGUGCAGAACCCAGAUGGGAUUGAUAUAGAUUCAAUUCAUUCCUAUAUUGAGCAAAAGUCUGAUAAAAAGUUGCCAGAAAUUUUUAGUACUUAUUUGACAACAAAGCUCAGGAGAAUGGCGACACAUGGGAAAAUUGAGAGGAAUGGUAAUCUUUACAAGAUCAAACAUGAUGUGCCAGUGGAUCAUAAGAACAACAAUGAUGAGCAACGAGAAGUCAACAACAAUUCUGAAGAAACAGAGGAAGAUUUGGCAUCGUAUGCUGCCUAUCGAGUUGCUGUGGCUGAAGACACACAGCGUAAAGCAAUCGAAGCAUGUAAAAAGCUAGAUCGUUUGCAGAACCUUGUUGAAGAGAGUAUGGCAAUGCUAAAAUUAGCUGAAGAGGCAUAUGAGAUAGCUUUAAGAGACGGGAUUGUUCUGCUUUGUUGGGAUUCAGAUAGUGUGCAUGAGUCAAGUGUUUCAUCGAACGAUGAUAUUCUGAAAGAGGAUUAG